UCAUUAUUAAUAAUUAUUUUGGUCGGAGGUGCGCAUUACUUUUAAACAACCUGCUGUCCUCUCCUAGAAACCAGUGAAGUAACGGGCAGAAUGACUUGCUCACCUUGGCCCAAAGGGAAGAAACUCGUUCACCUGGAUUUGAAAGGCGCCCCCCCACGAGUGGAACACCUCCACAGGCUGAUUGAGCUUCUGUCUCAACUGGGAGCUGAUGGUCUGCUGGUGGAGUAUGAAGACAUGUUUCCUUAUGAGAGUGGGCUGCAGCUGCUGCAGGCCACAGCACAGCCCGCUUACAGCCGAGAGGAAGUAUUGUCCAUGCAAGAGUUUGCCAAAUCCAGAGGCCUGGAGGUGAUCCCACUCGUGCAGACCUUUGGUCACAUGGAGUUUGUGUUGAAGCAUCGGUCCAUGUGGCACCUCAGAGAGGUCCCGCACUGCGUGGGCACCCUCAACCCCCACAAAGAGGAGGGGGUGGAGCUGGUGAUGGAGAUGCUACGUCAGGUGGUGUCUUUGCAUCCCGGUCUAAGUACGCUGCACAUCGGAGCAGACGAGGUUUACCUGCUUGGAGAGGGGGAGGAUUCUAAAGGGUGGCUGUCUUCACCUGGACAUUCGGUGGAGCAACUUUUCCUCAGUCACGUGACAAAAGUAGCCAAGGCUAUAAAGGAGACGUGGCCACACUUGACCAUCAUAAUGUGGGAUGAUAUGAUGAGAAGUAUGAGCCAGGAUACAUUAAAAGCAAGCGGUCUGGUGGGACUUGUGCAGCCGAUGUUGUGGGACUACACCCCUAACCUGGAUGUGGACAAAACUGUGUCUCUGCUGGAGAAGUACUGCAGUGCUGGGAUGUCUGAUCUAUGGGCAGCAAGCUCCUUUAAAGGUUCCACCAGUGUCUACACCUGUGUGACCUGCACGCAGAGACACGUGGACAAUCAUCUGCAGUGGCUGAAAGUGUCUGCUUCUCUGUCUGCCGCCAUAAACCUGCGAGGCAUCGCCAUCACAGGCUGGCAAAGGUACGACCACCUGUCGGUGCUGUGCGAGCUGAUGCCCGUAGCUGUCCCGUCCCUCGCAGCCUGUAUCCAGACUCUUGUCUACGGGGAGUUCAGCUCUGAGGCUCACAACAAAGUAACAGAGACGUUGGGAAUAUCUUCAGUGGAGGUGGAGGCCAUGGAGAGGACAUCUGCUGGGGAGACAUUGUUUCCAGGUAGCGGGCUGGCCGAACUGAUUGUGGAGCUCAGUCGACUACUAAACUCAGAGGACCUGAGGUUCUUUGAAAGCAACAUGUACAUGAGAGGAUGGUUCAGCCCCCACCACCAACGGCAGAAGAUCGUAAACCCUCUGAUGGCCAUGCAGCUUCACAGCCAGGCGUCGGUGUAUUUGGAAACAUUAGAGAAGAAGGUGGAGGCAUUGAAGAAGGAGAUGGUGGAUCUCUACCCCGCUGCUACAACUCAGGAGUGGAUCGAGGAGCACGUGAGCCCCGUGAUGGCUCCUCUGCAGCGUUUAACAGAAGACGUCCAGGCUUGUCUGAAGGAGAUGGUGCCGUAAAAUCACUGACGGCCGUGCGUAAAAGGAAGUCCACGUCCUUUUUGUCAUAUGGUUUUAUGUAUUAGGAUGUCAUAAAACGAUCUGGUCUGUAUCAGGUUCUAAACUUCUUCAAACAGAAUGUCAAGCGUAGAAAAGCGCGCAACAGAUUUCAUUCUGCUGUUGUUUAAUAAACACAACGCCAAGGCAGGAAGGCAUCAGCAAUAAACAACUGUUGUUCCCCAUCAGUCUAGAAAUGGUUAUAGAUAGGACCAUUUUUAAACUUGAAGUCCACCCAUCUAUAGAAGCAAAGAUCAUUCACAAGUUGGAAACAUUUAAGAAAGCUGUCAAUCCUCCCAGAUGUCUCCACAAAUUCACCCCAAGAUCAGACUGUGCAAUGUUCAGACAAAUGACAGCAGAACUCAACAGCUCCAUCUUAGACUCUACAGGCCUCAGUGAAGAGGUUAAAGGUCACGACGCAUACAAACUUAAAACAGGUGUGGUUUGUUUGGACGGGCGGCACGAGCUAGAAUCUAAAAACGAACACACGAGCAUGACUUUGGUUCGCUAAAUUAUAUCUAAAUAAACCACAAGACUUUUGGAACAAUUCGACUCGGCUCUUACAGACGUGGUGCUGGAGGGGUGACGAUUUGGAGUUCUGCAGCCACGGGACCUGGACCUGCAGUCAUGAGUGGACCAUGACCUCCUCUGUAGACCAAAGGCUUCUAGAGCCAAACGUGAGACCAUCUGUCUGACAGAUGAAGAUUGGACCAAACUGGGUCAUUAAGCAGAACAAUGACCCAGAACACAGCAGAUAAUCUACAACAGAGUGGCUCAAAAAGAAAAGAACGAAGAUGUGAUGGUCCAACGUCCAGACGUCCACCUGACAAGGCUGUGGAGGAACCUUUAAUGAGCUGAAACUGAUCAAUGAAUAAAGCAGCACUGAUGGGAAUGGGCCAAAAUGUCUCCACAACCAU